AUGACACUUGGUCUUCACCGUUCAGAUGCAUUAAUUCAAAUUAGUGUCCCCUCGGUCGAACGCCCGUUUGGGAUAUAUCUUUGGCCUAUUUUCAAUAAGGUAUUUGAGAUGGUGAUUGGAUACCCUGCUGACGAUUUCGAGUUUAUUUACCACAAGACCUUUUUGGCUAAUGGUUUCCAUGCUGUGAGCAUAAUUAUUGGGUAUUAUUUUAUCAUUUUCGGCGGUAGGGCCAUAAUCAACAAAUUCAAGUUACCAGCUUUGAAGUUGAAUUUCUUGUUUCAAUUGCAUAAUAUAUUUUUAACAUUGUUAUCGUUGAGCUUGUUGUUGUUAUGUGUUGAGCAGUUGGUUCCAAUGUUGUAUCACCAGGGCUUGUUCUAUGCCAUUUGCUCAAAGGGCGCAUUCACUCAGAAAUUGGUAACAUUGUAUUAUUUGAAUUACUUGACCAAGUUUUUGGAAUUGGUUGAUUCCAUCUUUUUAGUAUUGAAGAAAAAAAAAUUAUUGUUUUUGCACACUUAUCACCAUGGAGCUACUGCUUUAUUAUGCUAUACUCAAUUGACAGGAUCUACUUCAGUUGAGUGGGUUCCAAUUACUUUGAACCUUGGCGUACAUGUUGUUAUGUAUUGGUAUUAUUUCUUAAGUGCAAGAGGUAUUAGAGUUUGGUGGAAAGAGUGGGUUACCCGUUUCCAAAUCAUUCAAUUUGUUUUGGAUUUGGGAUUUGUUUAUUUUGCAACUUACACACACUAUGCAUUCAAGUAUUUCCCUUCGUUACCUCGUAUGGGAGACUGUCAUGGUAGUGAAUUGGCUGCUGCGUAUGGGUACUUGAUUUUAUCGAGUUACUUGGUAUUAUUUAUUAGUUUCUAUAUCAAGGUUUACAAAACAAAGGAGAAGGUUUCAAGAAAAGCUGGUGAGCAAAGAACAACAGCCUCGAAAGUUGUUAAAAAUUCUGGAGUCGAAACUGCUUCUACAAAGGUAAAAUCAAGAAAGGUGUAA